UACCGCUACGCUCCCUGGCCUCAUGUCCAAAGGGCAAAGCAUGAAUCCAGCGGUGCAGUAAAACAAACUGCUCUGAUUACUGUUGCUGAAAGUGACAACAGGUCCAAACACAGCCAUGGAGGUGGAAGAGGAAUGGGAAAAGCCAGUGGAGAGGAGAGGGAGGUUAACUGCAGUCCUGGCACUGGCAACUCUCGUAUCUGCAUUUGGCUCGUCCUUCCAGUACGGAUAUAAUGUUGCUGUGAUCAACUCUCCGUCACCGUUCAUGCAGCAGUUCUAUAAUGAAACCUACAUGGAGCGCAAUGGUCGGCCAAUGGAGGAGAACUUUUUGACUCUGCUGUGGUCUCUGUCCGUGUCCAUGUACCCGCUGGGAGGCUUCUUUGGCUCUCUGAUGGUGGCUCCUCUGGUCAACAAACUAGGGAGGAAGGGCACCCUCCUCUUCAACAACAUCUUCUCCAUCGUCCCUGCAGUGAUGAUGGGCGUCAGUGAGAUUGCCAAGUCAUAUGAGAUCAUCAUUGUGGCCAGAUUUAUAGUGGGAAUCUGUGCAGGUCUGUCAUCCAACGUGGUGCCCAUGUAUCUGGGUGAACUCUCGCCCAAACACCUGAGGGGAGCCAUUGGCAUCAUACCGCAGCUCUUCAUCACCAUCGGCAUCCUCAGCGCACAAGUGCUGGGCAUCAGAAACAUACUGGGCAACAGCACAGGUUGGACUCUCAUGCUGGGUUUGACCGGUAUUCCCGCCCUGAUAGAGCUUCUUCUGCUGCCCUUCUUCCCAGAGAGCCCCAGGUACAUGCUCAUCCAGAGGGGAGAGGAGAAGACGGCAAAGAAAGCGCUACAGCGACUGCGUGGUUUGGACAAUGUGGACGCAGAGCUGUCCGAGAUGCGUCUGGAGGACCAGUCGGAGAGAGCCGAGGGCCACCUGUCCGUGCUCUCCCUGCUCUCCCAGCGCUCUCUUCGCUGGCAGCUGGUCUCCAUCAUCGUCAUGAACAUGGGCCAGCAGCUGUCGGGGGUCAACGCGAUUUACUAUUAUGCAGACAACAUUUAUGCCUCUGCAGGGGUCAAGCAGAAUGACAUCCAGUACGUCACCGUGGGAACAGGAGCGGUGAACGUCUUCAUGACCGUAGCUGCUGUCUUCAUCGUGGAGGCCUCGGGACGACGGCUGCUCCUCCUCUGCGGCUUUGGGAUCUGCUGUGGAGCCUGUGUGCUGCUCACGGUUGCUCUCAACCUCCAGGGGAAUGUGACGUGGAUGCCGUACAUCAGCAUCACCUGUGUCAUCGUCUACGUCAUAGGACAUGCCAUAGGUCCCAGUCCCAUUCCUUACGUGGUGACCACUGAGAUGUUCCGGCAGUCGGCCAGGCCCGCCGCCUUCAUGGUCGCAGGAUCCGUCCACUGGCUCUCCAACUUCACCGUCGGCCUCGUCUUCCCCUUCCUAGAGAGGGGCCUGGGCCCUUACAGCUUCAUCCUCUUUUCCGUCGUCUGCCUGGUCACGCUGAUCUACAUCUGGCUGGUGGUCCCAGAGACCAAGAACAAGACCUUCUUGGAGAUCUGCCAGAUGUUUGCCAAGAGGAACAAAGUGGAGAUUAAACUGGGCGACGGAGAGCGGCCACUGAAGGAGAGCAAAGAAAGCCUGCAGGAUGCAGUGAAGGUCACCGCUUUCUGAAGAAAAAUGGGAGCAUUCACAGGAGAGGAAGUCUGCGCUCUGGGGUGGCUGCUUUUUCUUUCUUUUUUUUUUACAGGAAAUCUUUUCAUAGUCCCUUGUUGUAUGGGUGGUUUGUGCCUGCUAUGAAAAGAAUACAAACACCUUUGUGCGGUUCACUGGAGACUGUGUAUUAAUGUUUGCACUACUAGAGAAGUGAAUGGGUGCUUGGGUCAUUAAACAAAACAAAAACGUC